UUAUCAUCGAUCUUAUCUGCACUGCUGCGUUCAGCGGGAGCGCGCUUCUUCCUCCUGUCGCGCGCACGGUCAAGUGCAUCAGGCUGUUAUUUUAUGAUCGGUGAAGAUGGCGAUGUGCUCGGCGAUCCGAUGCGUCUCGACAAACCUUCCGCGGCUCGCGAGACCCGCGCGCGUCUCUACGCGACACAUUUGGCGAAGAUCACACGAGUUCAGGACGCUUUACACGAGCUCGCGGCUGACGGGAGCUCUGAAGUUUACAGACAAACAUGAAUGGGUGCGAGUGGAGGACGGUGUAGGUACGGUUGGCAUCAGCAACUAUGCUCAGGAAGCAUUAGGUGAUGUGGUGUACUGUGGGCUUCCAGAAGUGGGAACAAAGCUUGAACAAAUGGAGGAGUUUGGCGCUUUAGAAAGCGUCAAAGCAGCGAGCGAGUUGUAUUCUCCACUUACUGGCGAGAUUACCGAAAUCAACACAAAGUUGGCAGAUAACCCUGGAGUAGUAAAUACAGCCUGCUACGAAGCUGGUUGGUUAGUUAAGAUGACCAUAGAGAAACCUGCAGAACUUGAUGCCCUCAUGGAUGAAGCUGAUUAUGAAAAAUUCAUCAAAUCCCUUGACUCAUAAUGGUGUUCAAGAAACAUUAUUUGAUAUGAAUAAUAUACAGAGCCUUUAAAAAUAAUAAUGAUGGUUACUUUAGAACGCCACGUAGUACUAAUCAAUUUCUUUGAAAUAUAUUUAUUUUGAUUAUGUAAUUUCCCCCCAAACCAAAUGGUCUUUUGUAAUUUGGUAGUUGAACUAAACAAUGUGUUUUGCUGUCCUAAAAGCCAAGUGGUUCAAAGGGCUUUUGGAUACAGUUUGAGGUGCUUUACAUGGACUUCUGGUUUUGCUGAUUGUAUUAAACAUGUUUCAAACUUUCA